AUAUAGUCUGAUGAUGAAUAGAUAUCUAAUUAAUAUGUGUUAUUAUGUGUGUAGAUCCUGGAGAGCCGGCUGAAGAUGUCGCUGCCGGAGCAGCUGGCGCCGGUGCUGUGCGACGGCGUGGUGCUGUGCCACCUCGCCAACCACGUGCGCCCGCGCGCCGUCGCCUCCGUGCACGUGCCCUCGCCCGCGCAGGUACGCAGCGCGACGCAACCGAAGCUCACAAUGGCCAGGUGUAGAAGGAAUGUGGACAAUUUCUUAGAAGCGUGCCGGAAAAUUGGAGUAGAGGAGGAGUCCAUCUGCUCGCCCGAAGACAUUCUGGUGAACGAACCCGAGGACGGGAACAGCGGCGUCAUACAACUCGCUCGCACCGUCGCCGCCCUCCUGCCACACGCCACACCACACGCCACGCCACACGCCUCGCCAAAGGAUAUGCAAACUGACCCAUACCACUUCAGCAUGGACCAGCUCACGGUCGACGUGGGCGACGACGUCGAGAUGGAGGCCAACUACCAGAGACAACUGCGACGCUACUCCGACGAACGACACGUCAGCAACUUCAACUACGAGUGCACACACUACACCAUCGACGAAUCCGAAGAGUACCAGAUGAACUGCGAGAACAACAACGCGGAAAUACAGAACGGACACUAUUCGCCCGUUUACGGGACGGAGUUGCGGAAUAGGGGGCCGUAUUACCAAAACAAUAGGGUGCAGUUUGUUACGCCGUUUUGCAAAGCGGAUGCCGUAUUGAAGAGUGACAGUUUGGAAAUAUACGACACGGAUGAAAUUGACUUCCCUGUUGUGAUGGAAACGCAGGAGGAGGUGGAGAGAUAUGACAGGGGGAAGAUGAAUCUCGACAUACAGAACAAUCUGAACAAGGAGUUGGACCACGAAACCGAAGCUAAAAAUGACAACGACCGAGUGUUUUAUACUUGUCUGUGUCUCGGCACGUUCUUUGUGUCGGCCAUUGUGUUGAUUAUGUAUCCGUUGUAAAAUAUCGUGAGUUAGAAAUUCACUAGUCCGAGAAGACGUACCGCGUGGUACGUUUGUAAUGUUGGGGUGUGGCGAUUUUAACCAGUGAAAUUUGAAACUUGAGUGUUCACUCGCAGCUAUGGAUGUAAACAGCCCGUGAGAAGAUAUACGAGAUCUUUUAUUAUUUAACCUUGCACUAACAGAACUGUCUGCAAUUGUUUUAUUGUCUACAUCUCUAUUUUCACAUAAUUCGUCUAAUUAAUGGCAAAACAGCAUUGAAAUCACUAUAUAAAAAAACUUACCAGCUCCCGUAGAACGUCUCGACAAAACGCGACUCGUAAGCCGAUAUUUAAUUUUGACGUUUCUGAUUGGUCGAGAGACCAAUGCGUCAGUCACGUGUCAGUCUCUCAACCAAUCACAAUAAAGCUAAAUGGAGUCGUGUCGUAUUGUUUGCCACAUUCCAAGCACAUAGUUCGCGUGCAAGGUUAAAAAGCUUAACGAAAUAACUGUAAUACUGUGGUGUUUGAUGCCUUUCCGCACAGUCUGACUGUGCCUGUGGUCUGAAAUGUAAUUUAGAGGCUACAUUUACACAUUUUUAUGGAUAACUUUUUUUGUAUUUAAGGCUGAUAUAGGAAUUUGAUGGAUGAAAAAAGAUUUGUUAGUUGAAAUUUGGAAUUGCGAGCUUUUAGAAUGUGUAGGGAGUUGAUUUUUUGUUAUGUAAUUUGAAUUGAUGUUAUCAAAUGGUGGAUCUUAUGUACUUUGCUGUUUAAGAAAAAAAAUAAUUCAUUGCAUUAACCAAGCCGAAGUGCUAACAUCAACUUGAAGUAUUGUUAAGAUCUGAACUAUUUGGAAUUAGAAGUAUUAUUUAUUCUAUAAAAAGAUGAGAUUUGUUGCUGUAUUUAAAAAAAAUAUUGUAGUUUGGUUGGGGAAUGCAAUAGAACAUUGAAGUGGAUUGACAUUAGGAAUACUCGAAAAUGUCUCGAACGUCACAUGAGGACAAUUCGAAAGAAAAUGAUUGAUUCCGACUGUCAAAGCAUGUGUCAAUAUGAAAUAUUUUUUAUGAUUUAAUUGAUAAAUAGUGAGACGCCGUUAGCUCCAGCAUUUGAUACGCAUCCUAAAUUAGUUUAAAUUAGUCUGGUUUAUUAAUUCCAGUGUUUAUUAGUUCAUUCCUGUUACGAGGCAUUUAAAAUUAGCGGUUAGAUUUUUUUUUUCUUAUAUUUUUUGCCAAUUGGUUAUUUUUGUGUGCAUUUCUCGAAUUGCGUUUGCGUUUAUUGCGUUUUUAUUAAUUUAUAUUGAGUUUGAUUUAUUGAUGCCGAACAUCCACCAAGACUAGGCAGCCUGAAGAAAAAAUGUACAAAAUCCAUAUUUUACUAAGUCUAAAGGAAUGAAAUGAAUGAAACAAUUAAGCAGGCCGACAUAAUCAUGGUGACUGGAGAUGUUUAUCUCUUGGCGAUCGACAUGUUUUUACGCAUCUCUUCACUUAUCAUCAGGUACAUGGCAAAGUGGUCAACUUUGCCAUGCCCUCGUUAAAAAAAAGUAACUUAAGUAAUUGCAUCAUAAUAUAUUUUGGUGAAUGCUCGGCUCUAUUCCAGAGAUCUCAGUGUUUUCGUUGUUUUGGAAUAUAGUUUGCCAAUUUCUUUAGAAUUAAGUUAUUCGUUGCGUGCUCUUCAAUGACUUCGCUCGCGGAUUCGCGAAGUUACCCAAGUUGUGAUUGUUUUUAUGGUUGAAUUCCGAAUCAAUUACAAACAUGCGAAUGUUUAUUUGAAAAUUGGGAAAGGAAAUUUAGUCGCGUUUGAAGACGGUUGAACUGAGUCCAAAUUGUUUGUCAACGAAUUUUAUAUGUCAGGAAAUUUGAUUACAUUGGAAGUAUACUACAAACAAUAACUGGUUAUUCAACGUACGGACAUUCAUUCAGCUAUUUAUUAUUUGUUUUACAUUAUUAAUAUUUUAAUAAAAAUAAUUAGCUAUGCGUAAUUAAGACAUUUAGUAGACGAACUUUUUGCACCAAAUUAAGAUGAUUUUUUUACACAAGUAGAAAUAUUAACUAUGAAUGCAUUAAUUAUCAUAAUAAACGCACUUUAGUAUAUAGUAGGUGCAUACAAUUCUUAUGAACCAAUCUUACGAAAUUAAAAACGAUACCAAUAAAUCCUUUUUGAAUAUAACAUAUAAAACUAAAUAGAUUUUUUAAUAACAAAACCUUAUGACUUAAUUUAAAUAAAAGUACAAUUGAAAUAUGUCGUGAAAAUGAUGGUGCAUGAAGUAAAGGUAUUCGACACUUAGCUUAGCUGAUAUGACGUAACAUAUUUUCUUAUUAAAUAAGAAUUAUAUGCCUUAACCGAAACAUCAUAUCGUUAUUGUAUUAUUAAUACAAAAGUAUAUUGGAAAUUCGCAGUUUGUAUGGACACGGUUGUAUGCGGUGAUGUCGAAAAUCUAACAUAGAAACAUAAUAUUAAUAGUUCUAUUUGUAUGUAAAAAUUCCAUAAACGAAUAUAUAAAUUCCUCUUGUCACGAUCAGUUAUAAAACUAUAUGCAGUGCCGGCCUUAACCCUUUCGUGGCCCCAGUUGAGCGCAAAAAAUCCCACACGAGGUCUAGAAAAAUAUAAAGUUCUUCGGAUUUAACUCUUAAAAAAGGUCCUCCAAGAUCCUGCGCGGGGCCCUGGACGGUUGCCUGGUUCGUCUCCUCCGAAGGCCGCCUCUGACGAUAUGACAUACUAUCCUAUAUCGACGUUUGUUAGGCUAAUUGACUCAUGCGAUAUUUUUUUAAAAUUUUUAACUAGUUUUAAAAAAAAACAUAGAAAAGUGCGGUUUUAAAUAUGUAUGAAACUUAGUAUCGCAAAAAAACUCGCUUAAGCCAGUUAGCCUUACAACCGUCGAUAUAUAGAUAACAAAAGAAUAAUAUUUACCCGCAUUAUUACUGUGUCUUUAAACUGCAUUACUGUAGCCUGUAGUGAUAAUUAGACUGUAUUUCGAGGCUUUUCGCGUAUAAAUUUUAAAAAAUAUAUUAAAAGACAACGUUUUAUAAACAUUUUGAAUAAUAUAACAGAUAUUCCUAAACAAUGCCAACCGAUUUGAAUAAUUGAUGCCAAUAAGAUCUGUACUAAAACAAAUUAUAUACGAAGUAUGUAUUAAAACAUAUUAUAAAUUAUUAGAGAGAUUAUUGCAUAAUUUAUUGUCGUUUAGAAUACAUUUAUGAUAUUUUCUAAUCAUUCCAAAGAUGUGUUGUUUUAUAUAAAGACUAGGAUCUGUAUUUUCUCUUAUUCCGUAUUUCUUGUGUUCAAUUUAACUUUCCUUGGACUUAUUUGCAUUGCUAUUCGUACGUUUAAAAACUUUUUUAUUACUCUGGCAGCUAAAAAGAAACUCUUUCGUGUGUGUUUAAGGGUUUAAUUUGAAUUCUUGUGUAAAUGAAUCCUCAUGACAACACUGCCAACUUUUUAUAACCAGUGCUGUGUGUGACUCAUAACAUUGAUUUGCAAAGAUACUAUUCAAAUACUUUUGACUAUGCCUACCUACUGAUUAUAUUGUUUAUUAUUAUUAAAUCUAAUGAAUGAUUCGGGCAAUGUUGGUUUGAAGUCCUACAUUAAUAAUAGAAGUUUCAUCUUUUUCUACAAUCGAUUUUUAAAUAAACAAUACAAAGAUAAUUAACAAAGCAGAUAAACGAGAUAGUAAUAGUUUACGUUUCUAGAUAAACGCAGGUAAAUACAGCUAAAAAUACACAAUUGAUAACUAUUUACAUAAUUCAUCACAAAGUGAUUGCCUUGGCGGCUUAGUUGUUUUACGAUACGACUGCAGAGCUGAAGUCUCGGGUUCGAUUUCCGGGUCGGACAAGACGAUGGUGGGUUUUUCUACUCAGUAUCAGCCCGAAGUCUAGAAUUUGUGUCAGAUUUGGCGAUGGACUCGCCCCUACCACAUCAGGAUGGAAUACACACGGUGGAAAGUGAGUGCACGAAUUGCGCCUCCACUUACACUUUCGGGGAUAAAAGGCGUGUGUGUGUUAUCACAAAGUGCUAAAUUAUAUAAAUUUAAUAAUUAAGCUUUACUCUCGAACAUCACAAUAAAAACUGAAGACCAUAUUAUCUGUCAAUAAACAAUAAUGUAAACAAAAAGCACACAGUCUUGCCUUAAAUAUGCCAACAUUGUCUGAACCAUAGAUACGAUCUGUCAAAUACCUUCCCGUGAUAGACAUUGAAAAUUAUAAUAGUUGCAUCUAUUCAUUGUCACUGUGACGCUUUUCCCAAUCUGGUCAUUUAUAUGUAUAAGUAUGUACGUGCGUUUAUUUUCUACGCUUCUCAAACUUUUUUUAGAGCUUUAAAUUUGCCAGUACAAUGAUAAUGAUUAUAAAUAUAGAGUUAUAAAUAAUAUAUUUAAUUUUAAAUGCUUACCGAGUAUAUUUAUUCGCUUUUGGUGCUUGGGUACUUAUUUAUUUAGUUAGUUACGACUGGUUUAGUUAUUUAUCAUUGACGGUUUCCACCGCCUAUCGGAACUUAGUACCUUCAUGCCUAAUUUGCCUGACAUUCUAUAAAUUUUACAAAACCAGUUUUCUCAUAGUCGCAUUGAAUGAUACAGGUAUCAUGUCGGUAUUAAUGUAAGACAAAA